AUGGAUAAUAUUUUUGAAGAGGACCUUAUUUUAGAGGUUAAAAAAUCGAAUGUUACAAACAAGAAAACCAAAACAAUUGUCACAAUUUCUGAUUCCGAUGAUAAUUGUGAUGAUAAUCAUAAUAAAGAAAAUUUAAACUUAAAUUUCAAUGAGCUUGAAUAUCGAGAGAGGGAACUAGCUUUAAAAAAACGUGAAAUUUUAUUAAGAGAACGUGAAGCAAAAGUUCAUGUAAUGGAACUAUCCAGAGAAGGAGCGUAGUUUAUUGGUUAGAAUAGCUUUAUCAAUAGUAAAUUAUAAAAGUAAAAAUUUGCAUUAAUUAAAUAAAAAUGAAAUCCGCAUUUUAUACU